AUGCUCAAACUCGUCAGAGGAAUACGGCGAUUGAACCAAUGUCGGCACAAUCACGCUACCGUCAUAGGCACCGAAUUGAACAGAUCUGAUCCUUAUUAUCAAGAGAACAAGUUGCGAAUGGAUGAGCUCGUCGAUGAUCUUCGACAGAAAACUAAUGACGCCAUCAAAGGCGGCCCGGAGCAAGCCGUAAAGAGGCACACCGCGAGAGGAAAACUGCUCGUCAGAGACAGGAUUAACCGGUUAGUGGACGAAGGCAGCGACGUUUUAGAGCUAAGCACGCUUGCGGCCACCGACAUGUACAAAGGGCAGGUCCCGGGCGCCGGUAUCGUCACAGCCAUCGGAAAAGUGUAUGGUCGUGAUUGUAUGAUUGUGGCUAAUGACGCUACUGUUAAAGGUGGUACUUAUUUUCCUAUGACAGUGAAGAAACACUUACGGGCUCAAGCUAUUGCGCAGGAAUGUCGGCUUCCGUGCAUUUAUCUUGUGGACUCCGGAGGUGCGCAUUUACCUGACCAAGCUGAUGUGUUCCCUGAUAGAGAACACUUUGGAAGAAUAUUCUAUAAUCAAGCUAAUAUGUCUUCGGAGGGUAUUCCUCAAAUCGCUGUGGUCAUGGGAUCAUGUACUGCUGGUGGCGCAUACAUUCCCAGUAUGUCGGACGAAAGUAUCAUAAUAAAAAAUCAAGGUACUAUUUUCUUGGCUGGACCACCUCUUGUUAAAGCGGCUACUGGUGAAACAGUGUCUGCUGAGGACUUAGGAGGUGCUGACCUGCACUGCCGACGAUCCGGCGUGACGGACCAUUACGCGAAAGAUGAUGAACACGCCUUAAAUGUGGCUAGAAAUGUCGUAGCCAAUUUAAAUUGGAACAGUGAACAAAGAGCUAGAAACCAGACAGCAAAAGUUGAUGACCCCAUCCACGACAUUUCAGAUCUUCAUGGUAUUGUAGGUGCUAACAUCCAGAGACCUUACGAUAUCAGAGAAGUAAUUGCCCGGUUAGUUGAUGGAAGCAGAUUCCAUGAAUUUAAAGAAUUGUACGGAGAGACUCUUGUGACCGGUUUUGCGACCAUGUAUGGACAUCCCGUGGGUGUGAUCGGCAACAACGGAGUCAUAUACUCUGAGGCUGCCCUUAAAGGGGCACAUUUUAUUCAACUCUGUGCAGCUAGGAAGAUUCCUUUACUUUUUCUACAAAACAUAACUGGUUUUAUGGUUGGUCAGGAUGCAGAAGCCGGAGGUAUCGCAAAGAAUGGUGCAAAAUUAGUUACAGCAGUCAGUUGCUUCAAGGGCCCAAAAAUUACAGUAUUGAUUGGUGGUAGUUUUGGUGCAGGCAAUUAUGGAAUGUGUGGUCGAGCUUACUCCCCUACUUUCCUUUAUAUGUGGCCUAAUGCUAGAAUAUCAGUUAUGGGAGGUCCUCAAGCUGCGACUGUAUUGUCAUUAAUAGCUAAAGAGAAGGCAGAGAGAGAAGGAAAACCAUGGACUGAUGAGGACGAGAAGAAAGUUCGAGCACCUGUGGAGAAGAUGUUUGAGAAAGAAGGCCGACCUUACUAUAGUACAGCUAGACUUUGGGACGAUGGAAUCAUUGCUCCAACAGACACCAGAAAAGUAAUAGGACUGAGUUUGUCAGCGGCGCUGAACGCUCCGUUCCGGGACAGUAAAUUCGGUAUUUUUAGAAUGUGA